CACACACAUACACACACACACACAUGCGAAUAGACCGAUCAACCGACCAAACUGAUUCAUUCAUUUUAUUUUUAUUCACAAUAUAUAAAUCUACUAGAUGCCAGAAUACGGAAUCUUUUUUUCAUUUAUUCAUUCAUUCAUUCAUUCAUUGAUUUGCUCACUAUGUGUAAUGUUGUUGAAUCCAAUUAGAAUUCUAUAUAUGUGUUUGAUGUUAUUUUUUUUUCAAUUCUCAUCAUAAUCGAUAAGCGAAAAUAAUUAAAAACGAUUGGCUCGAGUAAUCAUGGCAAUUAUUCUGGAUGAUAAUGAUAAAUUAAUCAUCAUCAUUGUGGCUGCAACAUUAAUUUUGAUAACAUUAUUCAUUACAUUAUGCGUUGUUUGUCCAUGGUGUUUGUUUCAUCGUUUGAUACUUAAAUCUAAACAGAAGAAAAAAACCUUACUAAAAACCAGUUAUCCAUCAUUAGCUGGUGGCCAACAGAAUCCAGAAUCGCAGCAUUUUCAUUUUUCCAUUGUUCCAGUAUAUGGUACGAAAACACAUUUACAAACAACAUCAGCGACUACAGCCACAACAAUGAUGAUGAAUGAUAAACAACAUCAAUGUAAUGGCCAUCAUUAUCAAUCAAUAUUGAAUAAUCAAUUUGAAAAUUUAACAAAUUUAGCUCGAUUACGUUAUUCAUUACAUAGUAAUAAUAAUGGUGAUAAUGAUCAAAUAUCAUCAUCAUCAUCAUCGACAAAUAAUCAACAAUCAGUCACAAAUGUUAAAUUACCAAAAUUGGAAGCAACAAUUUAUUAUAAAUCUAUAUCAUCCACAGGAAAUAAUGAUGAAUCAUCAUCGCCAUCAUCAUCAUCAUCCAAUAUCCGUAUCCAUAUUGCUAUUCAUCGAAUAUUUGAUCUUACAAUGAAUGAACUUUCAAUUGAACCAUCACCAUAUGUGGUUGCCAUUCUAAUUGGUGGUUUUCGUUUACAACGAAAAAGUCUAGUCCUUAAUAAAGUUUUACAAAAUGAAAUGUUUCGCACUGAAACUAUUCGACGAACAUUGGACACACGAUUGAAUCGAAAAUUUAUUAGUGAACCAUUAUCCAGGAAUAUAUUGAAAGAUUCGACAAUAAAAUUACGUUUAAUGCAUGAUGAACGUUAUGCUAAUGAUGUCUGUCUUGGUGAAUUGUGUAUACCAUUGAAAAAAAUUCAAUCAUUUGAAGAGCUAAAACAACGACAACAACAACAACAACAACCAUUAUUGAUGAAUGGUGUGGAUUCUGGUGAUAAUGAUUCACAAAAUGUUAGCAAUGAUGAUGAUGAUGAUAUUGAAUCUAAUGAUUAUCAAUUUCAAUCAAAUGUUUAUACAUUAAUUCCAAUCAAAGAAAUCAAAGGCGAAAUAAUGAUGGGCCUUUGUUAUUUGCCUACAUCUCGACGUGUAAAUAUAACAAUUAUCAAGGGAACAAUACGAAAUUCAAUAUCACGAUUUAUUGAUCAAUCAACAUCGAUGAUGAUGACUACGACGACAACGACGACAUCAAAUCAUCAAGCAUUCUAUAUAAAAGCAUUAAUGUUUCACAAUGGAAAAUUAAUUAGAAAGAAAAAAACUUCACUAAGCAUACGAUUAGCCUGGGGUAAAGAUGAAACAAUUUCAUUCGAUUUAUCACCAGAAGAAUCCAGUGAACAGAUGUCAUUGAUGUUAAUUUUAGCAUAUAAAAUGCAGGAUUCAAAUUCUCCAGAAUCACCAGAUAGUCCUAUGGAAAAUACACAGCCACCACCACCAUCAUCAUCAUUAUCAUCUGUCAUCAAUCAUCAACAGCAUAAACAACAUUCACAAACAAAUACAAAUUCAAUACCUUUUGCCCGAAACAGUUUACGAAAAGAAUCCUGUAUUGGACAUUUUGUUUUGGAUCGUCCAACUUGGAUUGAAAUUGUAAGAAAACCUCGUAAACAGAUAGUUAAGUGGUAUAAACUUUUCUAG